CGAACGAAUGACUUUGACAGUGAACCCGUUGACACGGCUAGGUGAAGAAGUGUUACCAGCGAACCAUUAACAUAAACGGAAAACCGGUAUUACAAUGACUUUUUCGCCGAUUGUACAAUCGUUUCUCUUUUACUCGGCCGUUCUGGCCCUGAAGAUGCUCGUCGUGACGUUAUUGACUUCACUGACUCGCAUAGCCAGAGGUGUGUACGCAAAUCCAGAAGAUGCAAAAGCGGCAAAAGGGAAGGUGAAGUACGAUGACCCCGCCGUGGAGCGCGUUCGACGCGCGCAUUUGAACGACAUGGAGAACAUUCCAGUUUUUUGGGUUUUGGGAGCGCUGUACUUGACCACUGACCCUGUGGCUGCAUGGGCCCUCCUACUCUUCCGUGCAUACACUGUGUCCAGGAUUAUCCACACCAUCGUGUACGCCGUCGUGCCAUUACCGCAACCAUCGCGAGGCCUGGCUUUCAUGGUGCCCUAUGUCAUCAAGUGGUAUAUGGGUGCUAUGGUAGUCCUUCACUACGCCACGGCAAUGUGAUAUGUGAUAACUGAUGAACUUAGGUUAUAAAAUUGUUUUUUUUGCUCGGUGAAUGGAAUUUUAGUUAUUUAUUCAUAUUUUAUAUGUGUAUUGUUUUAUUGUUUUAUUGUUGCUGUGAGCGUAAUAAAUUUAUUUUGUCAUG